ACAGCACUGCGAGAAAACGCCCUCCAAAAGCAAGAGUCUACAUGGCCGUUUGAGAUAAACUCGCAUUUCGCUGGCAUAUCAGCUGGGUCUUGGUGCAGUUGUGUAUUCCCCGGCUUAAUCACUGAAACUCGAACAUACGAAAAACUCUUCACAUUAAUCGCAGUCCUCCAACUUCGUUAGCUGGCUGGGUAGUGUGCGUCCGGAGAUCAUGGGCAGCGGAUCUGAGCUCCCACUACGGAUCUGCAUGGUCUGGCUGGUCGCGGGUCUGGCGACUGCGGAGGCACUCCGGUGCUACGAGUGUGCCGAUCAGGAGACGUCGUGCGGCUCUGCUGAUAAUUCGCCGGGAAGAGUGCGAGAAUGCCCGAACUCAACCAUGUGCUCGACCACCAUGCUGACCACAAUGGUGAAUGGAAAUGAGUGGAUCAGGGUGAGGCGAGGCUGUGCCACCCAGGUGGAAAUAUACCAUGUCUAUAUUGAGAAGGAUUGGAAGGAUAUGUAUCGAUUGAUGGACUUACCGGAGGGCUGCAAGAAGGAGAAUGGAAUGAUGUACUGCAACUGUCGCGGAGAACUGUGCAAUACAGGAAGUCAAUCGUCACCAAAUUUCCGGUUGCCGUUCGUGCUGAUCUUAUUGGCCCUGGUCUGCGGCAAAAUCCUUCUUCCCGUCUAGUCGGCGACACUUUUUGGGGUGUGUUCUACCAGUUACCGGAACUAUGGAACUCUCUAAGGCCACAAAUAUAGUUUUAAGCAGAUUAAUGAUUUAUGUGCGACAGUUUUCAAAGGUGAAACCUUGUCAAUAAAGUCACUGAUACCAAAUAAA